AUCCCCCAAUUCUCCUCUCAAGGGUGUCUCAACUUUCAACUCUUUCUUUCGGAAAAAAAAAGUCUCAACUCUUCUCACAUACAACGAAAACAUCAAUGGGAAACUAUGCGUCAUGCGUUCUUGUAAAUUCGAAUUCCCGAAUGGCGAAGCUAAUCGACAACGAGGGAAAUCUCCGGCGUAUCGCCCUGCCACUCAAAGCCGCCGAGCUGAUGCUGGAAGCCCCAGGGUCCGUUGUGUCCCCGGUAGACGUGCUCCGACGAAUUCGACGGAUCUCGGCGUUGAGAGCGGAUGAGGAAUUACAGGGGGGAAAGCUUUACCUGCUUUGUCCUGCAGUCAGGGUGAACGGUAGAGUUCUUGAUUCAGAGAUGGCGCUCAUCGAUACCAAGUGUCAGAAGGGAUACAGACCGAAGGUUUAUCCGGCAACGGUGAUGGCAGAAGGGGAGGGUGAGAAAGGAGGAAAGAUGGUCACCAUUGGGCUCUCGGGAGAGGGUCAGACCGGCGCCGGUUUGCGUCAACACCGUUGCCUUGGGCAUCAUCGCCGGUGGAGGCCUGUUCUUCAGCCCAUUCGCGAAAGAGAUUCAAAAUGCUCGCAGCUUCUUCAGUUCAGUUGUAGGAAAGAGGAAUAGAAAACUUUAUUUGGAUUCGAACACGAAUGAUGGUUAUUUGACAACAUUACAUAUUUUCCACUUCUUGUAGAGUAUAGACACAGAACUAGCACAUGGAUCAUGGAUGUAGAACACUACAUUUUAUCAUUAGCAAUAUCAGGGUUCCAUCAACAGAAGAUUAUCAGUAACUAAAUUUGACAGUUUACCGUUAGUUAUUUGGACUACAGUCUCCGUACUUUUCCCUAUAAAAUAUAGGGAGAAUGACGAUUCAGCUCAGCGUCAGAGUAGAGUUUGUAGGCUCAAAGUACAUGCCAAGAGUGAAUGUUUAUAGCUCUGCGGUGGAAAUCAGAAAUCAUCAUUGGGCUGCCUUUACUUCUCCGUAAAAUAUAUUUCAUUAAAGGAAAAAUCUAUGGUUUCAUGCAACAUGAAGCAAAGAACACGAACCAGUGAUUAACCAAUAUAGGCUUUAAAAAAAUGAUUAAACCAUGUGGAGAAGCAGUUCUCUGAUGCUCCCCCUGUAUGUGGUUGGAAUCUCUGUUGUAUCCAAUGAUGAAAAUUGUCCAUUCUUUUGCAUAAAAUAAGUUUUGAUAAUA